UUUUAAAGGAGUAAUGGUCAGGCUAAUUUUUGGUUUAGGAAUGGACGCUUCAGUGCCGCUUUCGAAUAUGAGUUAUGAGGAUGAGGAUAGUAGAGAGUUACUUCCGGUCGUGAUUUCAGAGAAUAUGAUAGCAGAAGGGCUUUAUCAGAGUGAUAAGAAGGAAUUUGAGGGAGAUCCAGGGCUUAUAUCCUUUGGUGAAGCUGAAAUGACUCCACAAAGGCUAUUCCCAGAUGUAGGCUGGAACAUAGAACGAUUUCAAACAGAAAAGCAAGACCUUUAUCUUAAUUAUAGAAAGGAGAUCAAGCAAGAUUACCUUGCUGAAAGCCAACUAUUAACUAUCGAACAAGCCAUCAGGUUGGCUAAAGCUGACGGUUAUCACACAGAGCAUAUUUAUGGAAAAGACAGUCAAGAUGAACAUGACCCCCAAGAAGACUUUGAUAGCGAAUAUCCGAAUCAAGAAGAAUAUACCGAUGCCUAUAGCAUGAACAAACGUGAAAAUGGUAAAAACCAGUUUGACAUUGCCAGUUUUUACCAUCAAACAGAAGCUGGGCCUCAAAAUUAUGAAAAAGAACUAGUACCAAGACUUAAGCAUCUUCAGCCUACUAUAAGGAGGAAGAACACUAUUCCAAAGCCUAUUCCUCGGAUUUGUCGCAGACAUCCUGUUCACGAAAAAGAAAUUCGUCCAAAACUCAAGAAAUCAGAUGCAGCUAAGAUUCAUGAAAAAUUUGUUCAGAGGACAAAUAUUUGGAAGAAGUCUCGUGAAAAUAAAAAUAUCAAGAAUUAUGCUACAAAGACUGAGAAAGAGCUUGAUGCAUGCUCGUUUCGUCCCAAAAUUAACUCAUAUAAGCCUGAUUUGAAUUCAACAAUAAGUUAUCAGGGAGAGCAAAGGAAGAAAGAAAGAGUAGCUAGUUAUAAAUAGAGAGCUAGAGCAAGAAUGAACGUUCAAACCUAGAGUCAACAAUGUUCUUGGUAAUGAUGAAGUCAAGUCUAAAUAUUGGUCACUUACAAAGAAAGUUAUUAAAAACAAGGGCAACUUUAGCGUUCAUUCUAGUCAAAUGAGCGAGAAAGAAAAUGUAAUACACUUGGGCCAAGUCAGGAAGGUUAGAGAGAAAUCCAUUGAAAAGCCUGGAGAGGAUGUUUUUGAAAGAUUAUCAAAGCCAAAAGAGUUCUUAUCAAUAGACCACCUGCUAUAUGACAUCCAGCAAAUGCCAAAUACUACUCGGAAUAAUAACUAUAAGCCAAAAUUGGAUUUCUGGGAAAGACAGGAUAAGCUUCAAGAGAAGAAGCUUAAAUAUGCACAGCUUAGUGAGCUGAAUUAUGAACAGAAAGAGAGCGAAGAGAUUCUACAAUCUAAGAAUCCUUAUAAGGAUAGUUAUACAGGGUAUGAGAAUAGAGAAGCAGAGGAAAUGACAUUUCAACCCCAGAUUUCGAAACUUGCACAGAAACAAAAGGAGCUUAGAGAAGGAGAUAUUCAUGAAAGACUUUACCAGCUAAAUUCUAAGUCAGAGAUUGAGAAGGCUCAAGAUCCUGACCAGAUCCAUCAAAGACAUCCAGAUGAGCCUAUAUUUUCGUUCCAGCCUGAAAUAAACGCUGAUAGUGAGACCUUCUCAAGAUACAUGGAAUCUUAUGCCAAUUACAAGCAAAAACUUCAGGAUAGGGAUAGAAUCAUGAAGACAAAUGAGCUCGAUCAACAAACUCAAGAGCUUGUUGAAUGAACUCACAAGCCGCAGACAAUUGAAUUGCCAACUUUCAUUCAAGAUUACCUAUCGAAGACAAAGGAUUUCAGAGAAGCCAAGAAAGAGCUGCAGGAGCUAUGUAAAGAGGAAGAAAAGCCAAGAUGGGUGUAUAAUUAA